AUGAACCUGCACCAGGUCCUGACCGGGGCCGUGAACCCCGGGGACCACUGCUUCUCCGUGGGGAGCGUCGGCGACCAGCGGUUCACGGCUUAUGCUUCUGGAUGUGAUGUAGUAAUACUGGGAAGUAACUUUGAAAGGUUACAGAUAAUCCCUGGAGCUAAGCAUGGGAACAUUCAAGUAGGAUGCGUUGAUUGUUCAAUGCAACAAGGCAAGAUUGCAGCAUCAUAUGGAAACAUUAUCUGUGUUUUUGAACCAGUUAACCUACUGAAACAAAAGAACACUUCUAAUGUGGAAUUAUAUAAUCAGUGGCAGAAAAGUGGUCAAUUUUUCUUGGAGUCCAUAGCACACAAUAUAACUUGGGAUCCUACAGGCAGUCGUCUUUUAACUGGUUCUAGCUGUUUACAACUUUGGUCAAAUAACUUGGUGAAGCAAUCUGAAGAUGAAAAUUCUGAAAAAGAUCUUAAUUUUGGGGACUGGCAAUGUAUCUGGCACUGUAGGACUGCUUCCCAAGUUCAUUUAAUGAGAUUUUCACCUGAUGGAGAAUUUUUUGCUACUGCAGGAAAGGAUGACUGCCUUUUGAAAGUGUGGUAUAAUACAGAUAGCUGGCGGUCAACAGUUACCUCUCAAGAUAGAGGUCCAGAAAAACAAACACAAGGAGGAGAAGUUGACUUUUCAUUUGUUUACCUGGCACAUCCUAGAGCUGUAAAUGGAUUUUCCUGGCGGAAAACCAGCAAAUAUAUGCCUAGGGCUUCUGUAUGUAAUGUAUUGUUGACUUGCUGCAAAGAUAAUGUGUGCCGCCUAUGGGUAGAGACUUUUUUACCAAAUGAUAGUCUCUUAUAUGAAGGAAACUACAACCAUUGGACUGAUCCAGUUAAUUUAACAAAUAACUUCAAGAGGAAUGCUUCCAGUAAGGAAAGAGUUCAAAAUGCUUUGGAAGUAAACCUGAGGCAUUUUCGUAGAGGACGAAGAAGAUCACUUGCACUUGUAGCACAUACUGGCUACCUACCACAUCAGCAGAAUCCUCAUCAGGUCCAUAGGAACACCCCUCUGCAAGCCAAUGCACUUUGUCACUUUCAUAUCGCAGCCAGCAUCAACCCAGCCACAGAUAUUCCUUUACUUCCUUCUAUUACAUCUCUCAGCCUUGGUGAAAGUGAAGAGGAGAGUGGGCCCUUUGUUGUACACUGGCUUAACAAUAAAGAAUUGCAUUUUACUUUAUCAAUGGAGGUCUUUUUACAGCAGCUUCGAAAGAGUUUUGAACAGCCACCUUCAGAAACCAGUAUGGAAGAAUCUAAUCAGGUGGAUGGAAAAUCUGAUGAAGAAACAGAUGAAGGUGUUGAUGAUCUGAAAGCAAUUCCUGAAAAGAGAGAGCUGAGUAGUGAAAAAAAUACACUCAGUUCAGGCUGUGUAUCCUUACCAUCUGCUAUUAUUGAUCAUCAGAUUGAAGUGCUUCUGUCUGAAUGGAGUAAAAAUGCAGACAUGCUUUUCAGUAUUCAUCCAGUGGAUGGUUCUUUGCUGAUUUGGCACGUGGAUUGGCUGGAUGAAUACCAGCCUGGUAUGUUUCGCCAGGUGCAGGUGUCAUUUGUUUCCAGAAUUCCAGUAGCUUUCCCUACGGGUGAUGCAAAUUCUCUCUGCAGAAGCAUAGUGAUGUAUGCUUGUACAAAGAAUGUUGACUUGGCUAUUCAGCAAGGCAAACAAAAACCCUCUGGCCUCACACGUUCUACAUCAAUGCUGAUCUCUUCUGGUCACAGUAAAUCAACUAAUAGUUUAAAAUUAAGUAUCUUCACUCCUAAUGUCAUGAUGAUUUCAAAGCAUGCAGAUGGAUCCUUGAAUCAGUGGUUAGUCAGCUUUGCAGAAGAAUCUGCCUUUUCUACAGUGCUCAGUAUUUCCCAUAAAUCUAGAUAUUGUGGUCAUCGCUUUCAUCUUAAUGACUUAGCUUGCCAUUCAGUAUUACCAUUGCUACUAACAACAUCCCAUCAUAAUGCGUUAAGGACACCAGACAUAGACAAUCUGAAACAGCCUUAUGAUGCUUUAAACUCUGAGGAAGUUUCAUUAGGAGAGCAUAGUAGAAGUACUGUAGAUGUAACUUUCCAGGAUCCAAAUGCAGUUUAUAGCGAACUUAUUCUUUGGAGGGUUGAUCCAGUUGGGCCAUUGUCUUUUUCUGGAGGUGUUUCAGAACUUGCAAGGAUUAAUUCUCUUCAUGUUUCGGCCUUUUCCAACGUGGCAUGGCUACCUACCCUCAUACCUAGUUACUGUCUAGGUGCUUAUUGCAACUCUCCUAGUGCUUGCUUUGUGGCAAGUGAUGGACAAUAUUUGAGAUUGUAUGAAGCUGUCACUGAUGCCAAAAAACUUUUAUAUGAGUUAUCCAACCCUGAAAUAUCUAAAUAUGUUGGUGAAGUGUUUAACAUCGUAAGUCAACAGUCAACAGCAAGACCAGGAUGCAUUAUUGAGUUAGAUCCCAUUACUGAACUUCGUGGCAGAAAAACACAGCUACUUCAUGUUUUUCAAGAAGACUUCAUUUUGAAUAGCCUGGAGAAGAAAAGUCUGGGAAAGGGCAGCAUUUUAUCUGAUUCUGGUACCCAACCUAAUGGAUUUUCUGAAAAAUUCUACUUAGUUGUGAUAGAGUAUACUCAAGAUAACCGCUCAUUACUUCAUAUGUGGAAUUUACAUUUAAAAUCCAUUCCUGUCUCAGUAGAUGAGAAAAUAGAUACAAGUGUGUCUGGUUCAGUGUUGCAACAAGAAGAGUUAUCAUCUUCUCCCGAAAAGAUCCAACCUCCUUUUUCAAAGAAAUAUCAGGCUUGCAGAGCAAAUCUUCAAAGUACUAGUAAAUUGACUCUUUCUUCAGAAAUGGUAUAUAGUCAAGAACUGAGUUUACCAGAAGGAGUUGAGAUAAUCAGUGUUAAACCAUCAGCAGGACAUCUAAGCUCCUCUUCCAUAUAUCCAGUAUGCAGCGCGCCCUAUUUAUUGGCAACAUCAUGUUCAGAUAAAAAAGUGAGAUUCUGGAGAUGCAGAGUAACAUCUGUAGAGACUGCCACUUCAGAAAAUACUGCGAAAAGUAAUCUUGAGUACAUUUGGGAAGAAUGGCCUUUACUCAUUGAGGAUGGACUUCCUAGUAGCAGUGUUGUAACUAUUCCUGGCAGGCCAAUAGAAGUUAGCUGUGCACACACAAAUCGUUUAGCUGUAGCCUACAAGCAGACUACAUCUAAUGGUAGAUCUUCUCAAGACUUUAUGAUGCAUGUAAGUAUUUUUGAAUGUGAGUCUACAGGAGGUUCAUUUUGGAUCCUUGAACAGACAAUUCAUUUAGAGGAAUUAAGUGCAAUGUUGGACUCUGGUAUUAGUAUUGAUAGCAAUUUAGUGGCCUACAAUAAACAAGAGGUUUACUUAUCUAGUAAAGAGAAUAUCAUGCCAUAUACAAAGCAUUUAGUUCACUUAGACUGGAUGUCUAGAGAAGAUGGUUCUCAUAUACUUACCGUAGGAAUUGGAUCAAAGCUCUUUAUGUAUGGACAACUGGCUGGCAGAGUUCAGGAACAAACUGGUAAAGAAGGCUUGGCAUUCCCGCUAUGGGAGAACACUAAAGUUUUGUCCCAGUCUAAGUUUGUUCUACUUCGGUGUGUCGAUUUGGUUUCUUCAGUGGAAGGAUCACCACCUUUUCCUGUUUCUUUAUCUUGGGUACGUGAUGGCAUCCUUGUGGUAGGAAUGGAUUGCGAGAUGCAUGUUUAUUCCCAGUGGCAGCCACCUCCUAAACAAGAGCCUGUGAUCACAGGCUCAUAUGAUGGAAGCACUCCAUCUAUCAUAAGUUUAAUGAAACCGAGUAAUUCAUCAGGGUCUGGUUUACACCCACCAAAGAAAACAUUAACUCGCUCCAUGACUAGUCUUGCACAGAAAAUUUGUGGAAAGAAAACUGCAUUUGAUCUUGAUAUGGACAUGGAAGAUUCAGGCCUUUUUGAAGCAGCUCAUGCACUCUCGCCAACUUUACCUCAAUAUCAUCCCUUACAGCUUUUAGAACUUAUGGAUCUUGGUAAAGUGCGUAGGGCUAAGGCCAUUUUAUCCCAUCUUGUUAAAUGCAUUGCAGGAGAAGUUGUGGCUUUGAAUGAAGCAGUAUCCAAUCAUGAACGCCGACUUAGAUCUCUUACCAUUAGCGCAAGUGGGAGUACCACAAGAGAUUCUCCAACAUUCAAUAAAACUGAAAAUACGGACUAUACAGAAAUAGAUUCAGUACCCCCUCUCCCUUUAUAUGCUUUACUUGCUGCAGAUGAUGAUAGCCCUUAUUCUUCAUCUUCAGAGAAAUCCGGUAAUUGUAAUCACUUAAACAAAACAAGUCAAUUACAUGAUGAAAGUUACAAUGAGCUUUUUCAGACAUCAACAAUAACUACUGAUGAUAUUCAUAUCUUUGAGACAGAAGAAGAAAAUACAAAGCCCAAGGUUAUUGAUCUUUCUCAGUACAGUCCAACUUACUUUGGUCCUGAACAUGCCCAAGUUCUUUCAGGCCACUUACUUCAUUCUAGCUUACCAGGUCUCAACCGGAUGGAACAGAUGUCUUUGAUGGCCUUAGCUGAUACUAUUGCAACUACAAGUACUGAUAUUGGUGAAAGCAGAGACAGAAACCAAGGUGGAGAAACUCUUGAUGAAUGUGGCUUAAAAUUUCUUUUGGCAGUUCGCCUUCAUACUUUUCUCACAACCUCUCUUCCACCUGUCUAUCGAGCACAACUCCUUCACCAAGGUCUCUCUACUAGUCAUUUUGCCUGGGCAUUUCAUUCAGUAGCAGAAGAAGAGCUACUGAAUAUGCUACCUGCCAUGCAGAAAAAUGAUCCCACGUGGUCAGAACUAAGAGCUAUGGGUGUAGGGUGGUGGGUUCGAAACACUCGAGUCUUACGCAGGUGCAUAGAAAAGAUAGCUAAAGCAGCUUUUUAUAGGAAGAAUGAUCCAUUAGAUGCUGCCAUUUUCUACCUUGCAAUGAAGAAGAAGGCUGUGAUAUGGGGAUUAUACAGAUCUCAGAAAGAUACCAAGAUGACACAGUUUUUUGGACAUAAUUUUGCAGAUGACAGAUGGCGUAAGGCAGCAUUAAAGAAUGCCUUUUCUUUGCUAGGCAAACAAAGAUUUGAACAUUCUGCUGCAUUUUUUCUUCUGGCUGGUCGCCUGAAAGAUGCAGUUGAGGUUUGUCUGGAAAAAUUGAAUGAUGUUCAGUUGGCUUUGGUAAUAGCAAGACUUUAUGAAUCUGAAUUUGACACAUCUGCAACAUACAAAUCUAUAUUGCAUAAAAAAGUUUUGGGAAUCGAUUCUUCAGUCAAAGAACGCCAUUCAGUGAACAUGAAUGUACAUGGUGAUCCUUUCCUUCGGAGUAUGGCAUACUGGAUCUUGGAAGACUAUAGCAGGGCUCUAGAUACAUUAAUAAAACAGCCCUUGAGAGAGGAAGAAGAUCAAGGCAUGGCAUCUUCCAUCUGUAACCCUGCAGUUUUUAAUUUCUACAAUUACCUCAGGACACAUCCACUUUUGCUGAGACGCCAUUUUGGUUCUUCUGAUGCAUCUUCCACACAAAUAUGCUUAACAGGAGAAAAUGGAUUAGCAGGAAAAAUUAAUUUAAGUGAAAGAAGAUUGUUUUUCACUACUGCACAUGCUCACUUAAAAGCUGGUUGUCCCAUGUUAGCUUUAGAGGUAUUAUCAAAAAUGCCUAAAGUCAUCAAGAGGACAAAACUUUUUUACAGAACUUGUAGCUUUCCAGAUACCAGUAAAGAUUGUUCUCCUUCUUCUCCAUUAAGGUUGGAUACAAAGGAUUAUAAAUCAUCUAGUAUUGAUUGGUCAGAGUGUGUGAUAAAUGGUUUGCGGUCUUCUUCAGAUGGUUUAUCAGAUAAACAAUCAAAUUCUACUCUUUCAUUUGAUUGGAGCCAACCAAGUGUUGUAUUCCAGGAUGAAUCUUUAGACCUAAAGUGGGAUAGUGAUGAUGAUGAGGAAAAUGAAGACACACCUCUUUCAAUGAAAGAACUAAAACCUUCACAGAUAAAAGUGAAUGAAAAGAUAAGUGAAACAAAUUCCAGCUACACAAACUCUUUCAGUACAGAUGAAAAUGAUAUCUUAAAUCCAUCAGAGGAUAUCAUUGCUGUACAGUUAAAGUUUAGAGCAUGUUUAAAGAUUCUUACAAUAGAGUUGCGAACAUUAUCCACUGGCUAUGAAGUAGAUGGUGGGAAAUUGAGGUACCAACUAUACCACUGGCUUGAAAAAGAAGUGGUAGCUCUUCAGAAGACUUGUGACUAUUGUUCUGAUAUGGAGGAUGUACAGUCUGUAUUUAGCGAAAAUGUGGAUGAAGCUAUAUUAAAUGAAAACACGAAAGAUUUAUUUGAUCAACCAAAAGUUAAUCAAUUGAGAGAUAAUUUCCAGAAAAGACGACAAUGGCUUUUGAAGUAUCAGUCCCUUCUAAGGAUGUUCCUUAGUUACUGUAUACUGCAUGGAUCUCAUGGUGGUGGCCUUGCCUCUGUGAGAAUGGAAUUGAUUCUACUUUUACAAGAGUCUCAGCAGGAAACAUUGGAACCAAUUUUUCCUGGCCCUCAGCCAGAUCAAACCUCAAUACCUCUCCUCUUUGCAUGUACAGCCAGUGCCAAAACAGUAGUUGCCAAUCCUCUAUUGCACCUUAGUAAUUUGACCCAUGAUAUACUACAUGCCAUAAUAAACCUUGAUUCACCACCCCAUCCUGACACCCAGAAUAAUAAAGUAUAUGUAAUGCAUACUUUAGCAGCAUCACUCUCUGCUUGUAUUUAUCAGUGUCUUUGUGGUGGCCAUAACUAUAGUUCAUUGCAAACAAAUCAGUUUACUGGCAUGGUAUACCAGGCUUUGCUAUUUCCUCACCGGCACUCCUUGAAAACAACAAGCUUAGAUGAAACAAUAACUCCCAAUACAUCUCCAGCUCAAUGGCCAGGAAUCACUGCUCUUAUUCGCCUUUUGAAUUCUGCUGGGGAGGAAGCUCAGUCAGGACUUACAGUCUUGCUUUGUGAAAUUCUCACAGCAGUUUAUCUUAGUCUCUUCAUCCAUGGUCUUGCAACACAUUCUAGUAAUGUGCUAUUUCGGAUUGUGGCCCACCCUCUAAAUGAAAAAAUGUGGUCUGCUGUAUUUGGUGGAGGAGCUCAUAUUCCUAGCAAAGAACAAACAUCGUCAAAAGCUGUAACUGGAAGAUACUUUUCUAUGCCUAGUCCACACCAAGUAGUAGUGUUCUCCAUGGAGUGUGUGGGGUUUUCCAAAGCUCUUACAGCCAUCAGUUCUCAUAACACUACCAGUCUUUCAGUUUCUUCUCCAAUUGAAGAUGGUGAAAAACAGCACAAACGAUCUAGGCCAUCAAAUAUAUCUUCCAAAGAGUGCCUUCUACCAAACUCUUCCUCACCUAUAGGAGACCAGGAGUCUUUUACUUAUAAGGAAAAAUUUAUUCCUCCUGAGCUUAGUAUCUGGGAUUAUUUCAUAGCAAAGCCUUUUUUACCACCUUCCCAAAGUAGAGCAGAAUAUGAUUCAGAAGAGAGUCAGGAAAGUGGUGAUGAUGAGGAUGAGGAUGGUGAUGAAGAUGUUUUAACUUCAAAUUAUCAACUCCAAGAGCAUGCUAAUUCAAAUUCAUACAGUUGGUCAUUGAUGCGAUUGGCUAUGGUGCAGUUGGUGCUGCAUAAUUUGAAGACUUUCUAUCCAUUGGCUGGUCAUGAUCUUUCAGAGCUUCCAGUUAGCUCACCACUGUGUCAUGCAGUUCUAAAAGCUCUUCAGUGCUGGGAACAAGUCCUCCUUCGAAGACUUGAAAUACAUGGUGGGCCACCUCAAAAUUACAUUUCAAUUCAUACCUCUGAGGAGAGUUUGUCAGCAGGUCCUGCAAUUCUUCGCCACAAAGCUUUGCUUGAACCUACGAACACCCCUUUCAAAUCUAAACAUCAUCUGGCAUUGUCUGUGAAGAGACUUUGGCAGUACUUGGUGAAACAGGAAGAAAUUCAAGAAACUUUUAUUAGAAAUAUAUUUACUAAGAAGAGAUGCCUAAAUGAGUCAUUAGAGGACCACAGUGAAACCAUCAAAAAUUCUAUAAUGGAGGAGCCAAACUUCAACAAGAUAGAAGCUGAGUUGGGUUUCCCAGGAGGUAAAGCAAGAAUUAUCCAUAAAGAAUCUGAUAUUAUUACUGCUUUUGCUGUUAAUAGAGCAAAUAGAAAUUGCAUAGCAAUAGCUUCCAGUCAUGACAUUCAAGAACUGGAUGUAUCUGGAAUUCUGGCUACACAAAUCUACACUUGGGUUGAUGAUGAAGUAGAACUUGAGACAAAAGGGUCUGAUGAUUUCUUAGUUAUACAUGCUCGUGAUGAUCUAGCAUCUGUGCAAGGUACUACACCCUAUACACAUAGUAAUCCUGGAACUCCAAUCAAUAUGCCUUGGCUCGGUAGUACACAGACUGGCAGAGGGGCAUCCGUGAUGAUUAAGAAAACUAUUAAUAAUGUCAGAAGAAUGGCUUCACAUCCAACACUACCUUAUUAUCUGACAGGAGCCCAAGAUGGAAGUGUCAGAAUGUUUGAGUGGGGUCAUUCCCAACAAAUAACCUGUUUUCGGUCUGGCGGCAAUUCAAGGGUGACAAGGAUGAGAUUUAACCAUCAGGGAAACAAGUUUGGAAUUGUUGAUGCUGAUGGAUAUAUAAGUUUAUAUCAGACCAACUGGAAGUGUUGUCCAGUUACUGGAAAUACUCCUAAGCCAUAUUUGACAUGGCAGUGUCAUAACAAAACAGCCAAUGAUUUUGUUUUCAUCAGUUCCUCUUCUCUGAUAGCCACAGCAGGUCUCUCGACUGAUAACAGAAACAUAUGUUUGUGGGAUACUCUUGUGGCACCUGCAAAUAGCUUGGUACAUCCUUUUACCUGCCAUGACAGUGGUGCUACAGUGCUUGCGUAUGCUCCAAAACAUCAGGUGUUAAUAUCAGGCGGCAGAAAAGGUUUUACAUCAGUAUUUGAUCUCCGCCAACGACAGCAGAGACAAUUUUUCCAAAGCCAUGAUUCUCCAGUAAAAGCAAUUGCCGUAGAUCCAACUGAAGAAUACUUUGUCACAGGAUCUGCAGAAGGCAAUAUAAAGAUUUGGAGUCUGUCUACCUUCAAUCUGCUCCAUACUUUUCUCAAUGAACAUGCUCGGCAAUCCAUUUUCAGAAACAUUGGAACUGGAGUAAUGCAAAUUGAGACAGGACCAGCCAAUCACAUUUUCUCUUGUGGAGCUGAUGGCACAGUGAAGAUGAGAAUCUUGCCUGAUCGAUUUAGUCCAUUAAGUGAAAUGCUAAAAAAUGAUGUGAAGUUCAUGCUCUAGCAUUUUUUCAAUAAUAGAAAUUCUUAUGAACAUAUUUCAUAAAAGUGGCCAACAGAUAUAAUGUACAGCAAUUACUUUGUAGUUGUUGCCACAAAAUAAGCUUUUGCUUUCUUGUGUUUAUAUUUAUUUCAUGGACCUUUACCCUUGAUGCACUGAUGCCUUAAAAUUUAACAAGGUCAUUCAGAAUUUGAUUAUAUUGCCUAAAGUAGUCUGUAUAAGCAACUGUAAUAAUAUAUAUGCAUAUAUAUUUAUGAUAUAUAUGGCGUGCUGUUAAAAACUUUGUUUUGUUUUGGGAGGGGGGAGAAAAAUCAAACCUUCUAUAGGCAUCUGUGCAGGGAAUCCUUUAUUUUUCAUUGAAAAUCAGCCUUUUUAUAUGAAGGCCGAAACACCUAAUAAAUAUCACCACCAAUCCCUUAUUUCUUCUUCACAUUCCUAAAUCCCCAUUUUCCCUCCUCCUGAUUGGUAGUAGAGUAGGGUUUGGCUAAGAAUCAAGCAGAUGAACACCUCUGAUGAAGAUGUUCGUAACACCUUAGUGAUAUGACAACUGGGUGCCUUACUGCAUCCAGUUUAUCUUCUCUAGUACCCAGAUUUUAUUACCUGCACAACUCAUUUGAGUUCAAUCUGUGUAUUCAAUAGGGAUUGAAAAUCUUUUAAUACCUUUUCUGCUAUGACUAAAAAAAACUACUGCUAUCAGAAUGGCAAAUUGUUUUUUAGUGACAAUAUAAUUGCCUAAUUUUUUCCAACUUUUGGCCCCUCCACCAGACAUAUACAAAUAUUGCAAACAAAAACCCCAAAACAUAAAAAAUUAUUAUUAAUAAGAUUAUAUUAACAGACAAUAGUUUUAGAAGUUAAUAAGGAUACAAUAUUGAUGUGUAUGGAUUUGAAAAAAGAGGAUAUUUAUUUUAGGAGACUAUCAAAAGAACAUAAAUUUAUUUGCAUUUUUCUUUGUGGCCUUUAUGUUGUUCAGCCCAAAGAUGCUGAAAUCUUUGCAGCAAAUUUUUACUUUGCCUUCAGAUUCAUGUUUAAAUAUAGUAGAGCUUGAUUGUCUGACAUUUUACAAAAUACACUAUUCUACCUUUGGGAAAAAAAAAUCAUCUUUGGGGAUUUUUCUUUUUGCCAAAAUAAACAAUUUCACAAUUUAAAUGUUCUGAACAAAAUAUCAAAAAAUACACAAAGCCUUUAACUUUUUAAAUGUGCUAACAUUGUUUCUGUAACUAUUUUGUGCUAUAUCUUGAAUUAUAGAAAGCUUGAUAAAUACUUGAAUUUUACCAAUGAGACUGGAGGCUGAUGGAUUGCAUAUGUGAAAAUUCUAUAGUGGUUUUGCUAAAAGUUAUUUUGUGAAACAGGAAGUAUGAAACACCAUUUUUAUGUACCAGAUAUCAUCUUGGAGAUUAGUGGCAAAGAAUUGUAGGGCUGGUAAAAUGAAUUUUGUAAUAUUCUCAGGAUACUUUUAUCUUAAAAGUAUAUUGUUAACGAUUUUGUAAAUUGUAUUACAUAAUUUUAAAUGUGUUGAGCAAGUUGCAGUGCAAACACUAUAGUUAGUUGAAGGUUCUAUGCACAUAACCUGAACUUAUAAAUUGUGCAAUAACAAAAUUUGGGCAUAUUUUGCCAUGGAGAAAUCUGUGAUAACAUUGCAGAGAACCAAUAUGGUUGUUUGAUGUAGUAAAACUUAAUUCUUCAUCAAUAUUUUAUUUGUGUAAGCAUCAAGACUUAAAAAAGCUUUAAACACAUUUUAUUUUAAUUUACUGAGGAAAUUUACUAUUGUGCUCAUAAGAAAAAAAAAGCAAUGUGUUGAAAAAUUCCAUGUUUUAAUUAAGCAUUAUAUUAACCCUUAAAAUAAUGUAAAGUACUUCUGUAUUUUACCCCAGAGUCAUAGUAUUUUAAAUAAACAAUCAUGCAGAGAC